CUUAAGAGACCAGGUUGAAAUGUUGUCGAUGGUCGAUUUGCCAGGAUAUCUUAAUAAAGUGCAUUUAGUGAUGAACAUAAGUAGAAUUGCAGCAAGAAUAGUCAGGUCAUUACUGCUUUGGCGAAAAUGGUUGACAUAGCAGAAGUUCUGCUAUGUCAACCAUCUGCUAUUGUUCUGCUGCAGAACAAUACUGUUGAAGGCUCACUGGCCAUUCUUUUCUUGAAAUUUGACGGAAUUAAAUCCAAAGAAUUGCAAUCGAUAGGAGUGAGCCUACUUGGUUUACAAAGCAGGUCUCUUGAAUCCAAACGUCUCUACACGCUGAUAGAAAUAAUACUGCAAAUCUUAUAGACAGUCUAAACAAGGUUUGUCAGUUUUUAUCAUAAGUAAAACGAUGACCAGAAAAGUAAGAAGAUGUUUCGUAGUUUAUCGAUUGUAAUAGUUUCUGGAUUCAGAUCUUGGAAAGCGCCGCUUGAUGAUAAAACACUAAAUUAGCACGGCGACAAUAAAAUAUAUUUUCUGGAUUUCUAUUUCGACAUCAUGCCUAUAAUUAACAAAAUUGGUGAGACAAAGUUUGACAUAGUCAUUAAGACAAAAUCAAAUUGUUGCCUUUUCAAGUACUUUCUUAAGAUGACGCUAGCUAGAGUCGAAACGUUUAAAUAACUGAUUAUUCCAUUCUAGGUUGUUUGUUUUGAUUUUAUAGCAUACCCGUGCCUACAGUAUACUGUUAUAAGGAUGAAGCAGUAAGUUUAUGUGAUAAUGUAGCAUCAGGGUGCAACUUUAGUACAAGGGGAGCAAUUUCAAUAAUAGCAUUUUCAACUCUUGGUGCCAAUAAAGACUAUAUUCUUACUGUUUCACCGGAAACUGAUAGGUUCCUCUCUUAACUUAGUCUUUAAUAAGUCACUAUUUCAAUGCAGCUUUUACCGCUUUCUAGAUAUUUUCAAUUUCAAUAAACAGAACAAAAAGAUUUGUCCGAAGGUAGUCAAUUGCUUUAUAAAACCAUAGGAAGAACAAUAAAACUUAGGCACGCGCAACACAUUGAUGCUGCAUCAUCACAGAAACUUACUACUUUAUACUAAAUAAUGUAUACUGUAGGCGCGGGUAUGCUACAGAAUCAAAACAAACAACCUAGAAAGGAAGAUUCUACAUUAUAGAAACAGACAUUUAGUAACAGACAGAAGACAAUCUAUAGAAAUCAAUUGAUUUUCUAUAGAAAUCAAGGUUAGUUAUCAAAUAAGAAUCACCAAUUACGCUAAACCCAGUAAAUACAGACUAGACAAUGACAACGUGCUAUUCUCGGGGAUGUGAAGUCAAUAGUUUCCGAUACCCUGUGAAUAGGCAUAUUCUAAAUUAGAUUUCAACAACAAAUGCUAUCCUAGGGGAUGUGAAGUCAAUAGUUUCCGAUACCCUGUGAUUAGGCAUAUUCUAAAUUAGAUUUCCUUAUUGGCCUGGCGUAUAUUCCAGUUGCAACUGCUUGCUUCCCAGCAACGAUCAUGUUCAAUAGAUUUUGCGAUUAAGGAUUUAUAAAUAUUCAUAUCUUCAGUUAUCUAUGUGCAUAUCGUAAAGCAGUUUCUGUAUAUUUUGCUUAUCGAAAAAUCAAACGAUAAUCUCCCAGCUGCUCUUUGUAGACUUUUCAAAGCAAAUUUUGACUGUUGAAAGUACAACUGCCACCUUUGAUUUAAGACGCUCCUCACAUGCUCUCAGUACUACGUUUAAAAAGCAGCAGGCUUUUCUAGAAAAAAAUUACGGUGUUAUGGUGAAAAAAUUCUACGAUCGCGAACCUUCAGAUUAUCUGCUGAUUCUCGACAGUUUUAGUUUCAUUCAUCUUUAGAAGGUAUAUUCCUCCUAAAACAAAUUUACAUCCCCAUAGAAGAAAAUGUUCAAGCAAAACAAGAUAUUUUUCUAAGUUUUUUGUUUACAAGAAAAUCAGUUAUCGUGCAACAAAACGACAUUCUCAAUUUUUAAGUUGCAACACUGUUCUGCUAUUUAUUCAAUGCAGCUCUAGAGAUAUAUGAUACUUUCAGGGUCAUAGAAUUUGCUGAUGAUUGCGUUUUUUCUAUCAUGAAAUCUCAAUUUUUAAUUCGCAGAAUAAAGUUGCUUGCCAAUAUAUAUAUUCAAUUUCAUACAUGGCAUGUAGAACGCGGAAUGAUUUAACUUUGUCCCCUUUAUCAUUCCUUCUUAAGGGUGAGGCUCCUACAUAUAUUAAACGAACUCAUACUAGCAUUGAUUUGGGCGUCCAAAAGUUCUCCCAUUAAUUCUUUGUCGCAUCGCUGUUCCGAUAGGAAGUGACUUUAGGUGAUCGUCAUAAAGCCACAAGUAAUCUUUGCAGCGGGGAUUUUUUAUGUGAUCUUUUCAGAGUAAACCAUAUCGAGGACCUGUUUCGAUCGAUUUCGAUGUUGAAUAACUUCCUGUUUUUGCAUACAAAUUGUUUGCAUAUUGCUUUCUCGAACAGCUGUCCAAUUUUGCAUAACUUUACUCUUUAUGAUUCUGUUAAAUUAUUGUUUUUGUUGAUUAUAAGGCAUCAGUUAUAAAAUACCUAGAAACGUCUAGUAUUCCCUUAAAACUUUUUCUAAUUUUCCUUUUCAGCUGCUCCUGUUACCUUAAAUUCAGGAAAAGAAAUUAUUUGAAUAAUUAUCAACCCAUCCAAAUGGGUCUUUCUGGCAAUAAAUUUCCUUACAGCAAUCAUUCUUUGCAGUGGCAUACGAUAGGGGUAGAUUAAUACGAUCAGCAUAGAUUGAAAUACAACUAACAAUGCAUAGAAUAAAGUUAGCAACCCAUGAUAAGCCAAGCAGGUACCUGGCAGACAAAGUUUAGCAGUGGCAAUCAGAUUCUCUGUUUAUGAAAAACUAAUUCAAUCCAAAGUGACUGCAAAAGCCAAUAUUGAAACAAAGUUGAUCGCAUAAACAAUUGGAUUAAAAAAAAGUUAUUCAUUGUUUUUAUAGGAUAAAAUAGGAUAACUGAACAAUGUCGUGAAUUAGUCAGGUUUUCUAGAAUAGGACAGAGAUUCAUACGAAAUAGCUUUCGAUUGAUUAGUGAAGAAGAAGAAGAAGCAUUUCAAAUCUCAACUCAAGUAAAGAUAUUGGUAGCAGGUACAUGGACUUCUUCAUAAAGCAGAUGUGCUAAGCCGGGACAACGCAUGACCUGGAAAUCUCGCUGCUCAUUACUCAUUACCAAUACGCUGCCACGAUAACGAACAACAGGGCUAGAAGCAUUGUUUUUCUUCUUGUUUUGCCUACCGCAGAACGUUUCUUUUGAUUACAGGCAAAGGCUGGUAAACAAUCGUAAAUGGAUAAUGAAGAGGAUGAACAUCUUUCAAGCAGCACAGAUGAAUCAGCUUUCGACGAAGAGUAUUGUGAUUUUCAGCAAGAGGAAGUUUUUAAAGGAAUUGAAUGGAUAUUGGAUUGUGACGAUUUGACCGAGUCAGAAUAUUUGAGAUACAUUACAAGGUUUCUAGCAGAAAUGGAAGACCAUGCAAGACGACUUGACAAGCAAACACGUCAAAGAAAGAUUCACAUAUACAAAAGAAGCCUGAUUUCAAAAUCAACUGUGCAUGGCCUACGAAACUGUUUUGACAGAAAAAGCAGGGUGCGCCGAUUUAUCUGGACAAUACUGCUACUAACAGCAGUAGGAUUGUUGAUGCAGAAGCUCUAUGAAUGUACAAUGCAUUUUAUAAGCCACCCAUUCAGCACUACAACUACAGUGAGGUAUGAAGACAGUAUGCGAUUUCCGGCAGUUUCUAUUUGCAAUCUUAAUGAUAUGCGUACAUCUGUGAUGAAAGGCACCAAGCUCGAUAUGAUUUUAAAAGGGGAUAGAAAUGUAUCAUUGAGUGGUGAUGAGUAUAGGAAUACAAUUCGCAAGGCCAACCAUGAACUUCCAGAUAUGCUGUAUAAAUGCAAGAUACUCGACAAAGAGUGCUCAGUGCAGGAUUUCAUUCAAUUCAACAAGGACCAGGGUGAUCGAUGCUUUACAUUCAACCAUGGACACGAGGGCCAACAAAUCCUGUUUUUCAACAAGACUGGACCUACACAUGCACUUGAAUUGAUCCUAAAUAUCGAAGAAUAUGAAUAUUAUCCAGGAACCGAUUAUUCUGGAAUCCAGUUGAUUCUGCAUGGCCAAGACGAGACUCCGGUCAAAAUGCUAGGUGUCAUGCUUUCCCCAGGGUUUAUAACAUAUGUUCAAGUUAAAAGAAGAAAGAUCAAGAAUCUGCCGCCACCUUACAAGUCGAAUUGUGGGAGCAAAAAAUUGAAAUACUUCAGCGAACGAUAUUCGAAGCAUUUAUGCUGGCUUGAGACAUUGACAGAUCACGUGAUUGAAGAAUGUGGUUGUAAAGAAUGGUUCAUGCCAGGUGGUUACAGAGUUUGUUCAUUGAACGAAUCAAAAGAGUGCAUGUGGCCACGUUGGGCGGAAUUCGACAAGUACAUGAAAUACGACUGUCCACUUCCCUGCGUAAUGGACACCUAUACGCCAAGUCUUUCACUGUCCCAAUUUCUGCUGGACCGUGAUGUUGACGAAAUUGCUCAAGACCCUAGGUUCAGGGGCGCUAAAGAAAUGAACAGAAAAACAAUCAGAGGGACUUUUGUAAAGGCUGUAAUAUUUUAUGGCGAACUGAGCUACGAAUAUUCGGAACAGGUUCCAUCUUAUGACAAACUAGAUUUCCUUGCUGAUAUUGGAGGCCAGCUGGGCUUAUUUCUUGGCUCAAGCGCACUAACCUACAUGGAGUUCAUUGACUGCCUAGUCAUGAUAAUAUAUACAAAGUAUAUCAGCGUAAAGCCGUGAAAAAGUAAACAACGAACUUGGCAAAGUCACGUGGAGCUGUUGUCAGGGGAAAGGAACCAAUCAUAAUCCGUGAUGCAGGGAUGUACGUGACAAGGACAUCCCUUUAAGGAGCAAUAGAACAAGGACGCGGUAGGCUUAUUCUCCUUGUACAAAUAUGCGAUAUCAAUGUAGAAAUAGUUGACUUCAGACCACUAACAAGUAAUGUGGUUGAUAGUAGAAUAUACCAUAAAGGUUUUCUCGCAUUACUCUGCACCGACUUUCUUCAAAAUACUAAUGACGCUAAGAUGAAAUCAAAAAUCUGCUGAGUAACUAACGAACCAAAAUAUAUUCCGAGAAAUUUAAUCAAAUACAAAAAUUAUUUUAUAAAACAUAAAACAAGAAACGUUACAUACAGCUGCCACCAGACAAUACAUCGAACAGAACCAAUGAACCAAAAAUUUGUCCUACAUUAAGAGAUACCUACAUUAAGGAUGUUUAGCUAGUAAUUAUUAGCAACAUAUGGCUAGACUGUAGUUUAGCGACCCACUUUUUUGUUUCCUGGUCGAAAGUUGAAUUGAAUCACUACUACCUAGAAACGAUGAUGCGAGCAACAGUGAGAAUGAAUAUUCGAAGAAACCAAGACAUUUGUUUAUAACUGGAUAUGGA